AUGACGGAGGUAGAUACGAAACCAAAGAGACGAUUUGGAGGCUCCAAAAGAUCAACAGACGCAGAGAAGACCGGCACAGAUAAUGAUACAAGUGGGGAUGGCGUCCGUGUGGCCAGAAGAAGGCCAAGGACUUUUGGCAAAGUGCUGAACCAGAUACCAGAUGAUAUUUUACUGGACAAAGAACUGAACGAGGCCAUUAAACUUCUUCCAAGUAAUUACAACUUCGAGAUCCACAAAACGGUUUGGAACGUGCGCAAGAACAAAUCAAGAAGAGUGUGUCUCCAGAUGCCGGAGGGAUUGUUGAUCUACUCGUUGGUGAUAACAGAUAUCUUGGAGCAAUUUUGCGGGUGUGAAGUUCUGGUCAUGGGUGAUGUUUCCUACGGUGCUUGUUGCAUUGAUGAUUAUACUGCAAGAGCAUUGGACUGCGACUUCAUAGUGCACUAUGCCCACUCCUGUCUGGUUCCUGUGGACAUCACUUUAAUCAAGGUGCUGUAUGUGUUUGUGACUAUUGGAAUUGAUGAGACUCAUUUGGUGAACACUAUUCGUCGGAAUUUUGACCAUGGCGUGCGAUUGGCGCUGUUUGGAACCAUUCAGUUCAAUCCGGCUAUUCACAGUGUAAAGGCCCGGCUGGAGAACCCCGACCUCUCAAGCGCAAAAGAGAACGAUCACAAGCUCAUUUACGCUACUCCGCCUCAAACAAUGCCUCUGUCCAAAGGAGAAGUUCUUGGGUGUACUUCAGCCCGUCUGGAGGCCGAGCAAUACGAUGCCAUGGUGUAUGUCGGAGAUGGCAGAUUCCAUCUAGAAAGUGCCAUGAUCCACAACCCGGAUAUACCUGCAUUCAGGUAUGACCCAUAUUCGAGAAAGUUCACGAGGGAACUGUAUGAUCAAAAAGAGCUGGUACAGGUUCGGGAGGACGCUAUUAAUGCUGCUUCCAAUGCAAAGACCAUUGGCCUGAUUUUGGGGUCUCUAGGAAGACAGGGCAGUCCUGUGACUUUGGAGGCUCUUGAGGCGAAGUUAGUUGCCAGUGGAAAAACAGUUGUCAAAAUAAUUCUAUCGGAGAUUUUUCCAGGAAAGCUGGCAAUGUUUGACAAGAUUGACGCUUUUGUGCAAGUUGCAUGCCCGAGACUGUCUAUUGACUGGGGCUAUGCCUUCAACAAACCCUUAUUGACUCCUUAUGAGACAAUGGUGAUGCUUGGACAAGAUCGCAAGUGGACCAAGGAUUAUUAUCCGAUGGACUACUAUUCAAGGGAUGGGUACGGAAGAGGCAAGCUGCCCACGCAUUGA